AUGGCCGAUUCAAUUCACUUGUUCGGUCGUGACGACCUGUCUAUAAUAAAAUCUCCUGGACCGGGAACAACUAUCACUCCAUCCCUCACAGCCAACCUCGUCUGCAGAGUGCUUUUCGGCAUCAUCGCCAACUUUGCAUGCAUAGUACCUCUGAAGAAUCUCUACCGAAAUGGCGAGUUCGCAGCUGUUGUCUUUAUCGCCAACAUUCAGGUGUCGAAUCUCGACACAAUCAUCAACGCCCUCAUCUGGAGAGACGACAACACUAGCAAGUGGUGGUCUGGACAAGGGUUCUGCGAUGUCAGCCCUUACUAUACCAACUUCCUCAAUGCAUUGUUUGGAACUUGUCUACUCGCCAUCAUGCGCAACCUCGCUCAGCAAGUUGGUCUUCUAAGAGCUAACCUUCUGUCUGUCCAAGAAAAGCGCCGGCGCAAUCUUGUUCAAGCACUCAUCAUGUUCCCACUUCCCAUCCUCCAAGUCGCUUGGGUCUGGCCUUUAACUAUGCAAAGAUAUGCAGUUGCUACUCUUGUCGGGUGCAGUUGGGUCGCAUGGCCUGCGUGGCCUUACAUGGCCUUCUUCGUCAUCGCUCCUGUUGUCGUUGCGCUGAUAACAUCCGGAUAUGCUAUCCUCACUUACAUCCGCUUUCGCGAGAUUGCAAGGACCACUCGAACAGCAAUCAAUAGCAGCAGAUCUGCUAAUCAGCGGGCUCAAAGGACAAAGCGCCGCCUCUAUCUUAUGGUACUGGCCAUCUUGGUCCCUUAUCUACCUGUUGUCAUCACCCUCGCGGUUCUUAACAUUCUCGGUGCUUUCCCACUCCAACCCUUUGACUACGAUCUCAUUCAUAACCGCACUUGGCCCUAUCCGUGGUCGUCUGUGAUUCUCGUCCCAUCCAACGGCUUCACCUUCAUCCUUCUGAACAACUGCUACAUCAACAUCCUCGCUGCCAUUCCCGUCGUUCUCUUCUUCGGCAUGACAAAGGACGCUAUCAACAGCUAUCGUCUUGGCCUGCUUUACUUUGGUCUUGGGCACUUAUUCCCCAAACUUCAAGAGGAGUAUGAUCCUGACAGAAUGAUAUACGGUAGCAAUUCUGGUACCUCUCACCUCAUAGAUUCCUCAGUUUCGACAAGAAAGAAGGAUCGUCGACCUCCUCUGGAUCGAGGCUUACCUCUUGAUUCCCUCCCUUCCGUCGUGAACGGCCACAUGUGGGAGGGCAACGUGUCUAUCCAAACUCCUCGAAACCAAACACUUUUUUGGGCGGAUACAGAAGACGCCCCAACUCCCGACACCAUCACGUCCGACACUCGCUUACUUGUCCCUAUGUCGUCAACGUUUUCUGUCACGACCGAGCCCCUCGAGGAAACAUAUCGACGCUAG